AUGUCCCAAGAAUCUGUUCAGACAGUAGAAGAAGAAGAAAUAAAGUCAGUGGAGGAACAAUGGCGUUUGUCCGAAAUGCAAGCACUUGAGUUUCUCCCUGAAGCUUCCUCCGACAACAACAACUCAAGAAACCCAGUAACAGAGCUCCGGGAACAUCCACCGGAAAUGGAAAAUAACGGUGCUCCUCCUUCUCCUCCGGAGCCAAAGAAAGCAGAGAUUUGUGGAGUUGCAUUCAAAGAGCUAUUCAGAUUCGCAGGUGGGUUAGAUUACGCGUUGAUGGCAAUUGGCUCCGUUGGUGCUUUCGUCCACGGCUGCUCUUUACCCCUGUUCCUCAGAUUCUUCGCCGAUCUCGUUAACUCCUUUGGCUCUAACGCUAACGACGUCGACAAGAUGAUGCAAGAAGUCCUCAAGUACGCUCUUUACUUCCUCGUCGUUGGUGCUGCGAUCUGGGCUUCCUCCUGGGCAGAGAUUUCGUGUUGGAUGUGGACUGGAGAGAGACAAACAACGAAGAUGAGGAUUAAGUACUUAGAAGCAGCUUUAAACCAAGACAUUCAGUUCUUCGACACUGAGGUUCGAACUUCCGAUGUUGUCUCCGCCAUCAACACCGACGCUGUUAUGGUCCAAGAUGCCAUUAGCGAGAAGUUAGGGAACUUCAUCCAUUACAUGGCGACGUUUGCGUCGGGAUUCAUCGUGGGUUUCACGGCGGUGUGGCAACUAGCGUUAGUGACUCUCGCGGUGGUUCCGUUGAUAGCUGUGAUCGGAGGAAUCCACACCACAACUCUCUCUAAGCUCUCUAACAAGAGCCAAGAGUCUCUUUCACAAGCUGGUAACAUCGUCGAACAAACAGUGGUGCAAAUCAGAGUAGUAAUGGCGUUUGUCGGAGAGACGAGAGUCUCUCAAGCUUACUCAUCAGCUCUGAAGACAGCUCAGAGACUCGGUUACAAAACAGGUUUAGCUAAAGGAAUGGGACUCGGUGCUACUUACUUCGUCGUCUUCUGUUGCUACGCUCUCUUGCUUUGGUACGGUGGCUAUCUCGUUCGCCAUCGUUUGACCAACGGUGGUCUCGCUAUAUCCACCAUGUUCGCCGUCAUGAUCGGUGGCUUGGCGUUGGGUCAAUCAGCACCGAGCAUGGCUGCGUUUGCGAAAGCUAAAGUUGCUGCUGCGAAGAUCUUUAGAAUCAUUGAUCAUAGGCCUACGAUAGAGCGUAACAGCGAGAGCGGCGUGGAGCUAGACUCUGUCACGGGUCUCGUCGAGCUUAGAAACGUUGACUUUUCGUACCCGUCGAGGCCGGAUGUUAAGAUCCUUAACGACUUUACCCUCUCUGUCCCCGCCGGGAAGACUAUAGCUUUGGUUGGGAGCAGCGGUUCGGGCAAAAGCACUGUCGUUUCGCUUAUCGAGAGGUUUUACGACCCGGCAUCAGGGCAAGUUUUACUAGAUGGGCAUGACUUGAAGACGCUGAAACUUAAAUGGUUAAGGCAGCAGAUAGGGCUUGUGAGCCAAGAGCCAGCACUGUUUGCCACUUCUAUCAGAGAGAACAUACUCUUGGGCCGUCCUGACGCUGAUCAAGUGGAGAUAGAGGAGGCUGCUCGCGUGGCCAACGCUUAUUCCUUUAUCAUCAAACUACCUGAUGGCUUCGACACACAGGUAGGGGAGAGAGGCUUGCAGCUCUCAGGUGGGCAGAAACAAAGAAUAGCCAUAGCAAGAGCCAUGUUAAAGAACCCUGCGAUACUUCUGCUAGACGAGGCGACAAGUGCGUUGGAUUCUGAAUCAGAGAAGCUAGUGCAAGAAGCUUUGGAUCGUUUUAUGAUCGGAAGGACGACUCUCAUCAUUGCUCAUCGUCUUUCCACCAUACGCAAAGCCGACCUUGUUGCUGUCCUUCAGCAAGGAAGUGUCUCUGAGAUUGGAACGCACGACGAGCUUUUUGCCAAGGGGGAGAAUGGUGUCUACUCUAAGCUUAUCAAAAUGCAAGAGGCAGCUCACGAGACCGCCAUGAACAAUGCAAGAAAGAGUAGCGCAAGACAGUCGAGUGCAAGAAACUCUGUGAGCUCACCAAUAAUGACCCGAAACUCUUCAUAUGGAAGAUCACCAUACUCACGUAGACUCUCAGACUUCUCAACUACCGACUUCACCCUCUCCAUUGACGCCUCUUCUUACCCGAACUAUCGACACGAGAAGCUACCCUUCAAGGACCAAGCCAACUCCUUCUUGCGCCUAGCUAAAAUGAACUCACCAGAGUGGAAAUACGCUCUUCUAGGCUCCAUAGGCUCUGUCAUCUGCGGCUCGCUCAGCGCGUUUUUCGCAUACGUCCUAAGCGCGGUCCUUAGCAUCUACUACAACCCCAACCACGAGUACAUGAUCAAGCAGAUAGGUAAGUACUGUUACCUUUUGAUCGGUCUAUCCUCAACAGCGCUUAUCUUCAACACGCUCCAGCAUUCUUUCUGGGACAUUGUUGGUGAGAACCUGACCAAGAGGGUCCGUGAGAAGAUGUUUACGGCGGUGCUUAAGAACGAGAUGGCUUGGUUUGAUCAAGAGGAGAAUGAGAGUGCGAGAAUCUCAGCGAGGUUGGCACUUGAUGCAAAUAACGUGAGGUCAGCUAUAGGAGAUAGAAUCUCGGUGAUUGUGCAGAACACAGCUUUGAUGCUUGUUGCUUGUACUGCUGGUUUUGUUCUGCAAUGGAGACUCGCAUUGGUCUUGGUCGCUGUCUUCCCUGUAGUUGUUGCUGCAACUGUCUUACAGAAAAUGUUCAUGACUGGCUUCUCCGGAGACUUGGAAGCAGCGCAUGCCAAGGGGACACAGCUCGCUGGUGAAGCCAUAGCUAACGUCAGGACAGUCGCUGCCUUCAACUCAGAGGCAAAGAUCGUUCGUCUUUACACCGCAAACCUCGAGCCGCCACUAAAACGCUGCUUCUGGAAAGGACAGAUCGCUGGAAUUGGCUACGGUAUAGCACAGUUCUGUCUCUACGCAUCUUACGCUCUAGGGCUAUGGUACGCGUCGUGGCUUGUGAAACACGGCAUCUCCGACUUCUCCAAAACCAUAAGAGUCUUCAUGGUCCUUAUGGUCUCGGCCAACGGUGCAGCAGAGACGCUCACUUUAGCUCCUGAUUUCAUCAAAGGUGGGCAGGCUAUGCGGUCGGUUUUCGAGCUCCUAGACCGAAAAACCGAGAUCGAACCGGAUGAUCCUGAUACCACCCCGGUUCCAGACCGGUUACGCGGCGAGGUGGAGCUGAAACACAUUGACUUCUCUUACCCUUCUAGACCAGACAUACAAGUCUUCCGUGACCUAACCCUACGUGCGAGAGCCGGCAAGACUCUAGCUCUUGUCGGUCCAAGCGGGUGCGGCAAAAGCUCAGUGAUCUCCCUUGUACAAAGAUUCUACGAGCCGUCCUCAGGGCGGGUCAUGAUCGACGGCAAAGACAUAAGAAAGUACAAUCUCAAAGCCCUAAGGAAACACAUAGCCAUAGUCCCUCAAGAGCCGUGCCUAUUCGGAACAACUAUUCAAGAAAACAUAGCGUACGGACACGAGUGCGCCACCGAGGCAGAGAUCAUACAAGCAGCUUCGCUAGCCAGCGCGCACAAGUUCAUAUCCGCGUUGCCUGAUGGAUACAAGACGUACGUUGGCGAGAGAGGCGUUCAGCUCUCGGGAGGGCAGAAACAGAGGAUUGCUAUCGCGCGUGCCUUGGUGAGGAAGGCAGAGAUCAUGCUGCUUGAUGAGGCCACGAGUGCUCUUGAUGCUGAGUCCGAGAGGUCGGUGCAAGAGGCGUUGGACCAGGCUUGCUCUGGUAGAACGUCGAUCGUUGUGGCUCAUAGGUUGUCUACGAUAAGGAAUGCUCACACUAUUGCUGUGAUCGAUGAUGGGAAAGUAGCGGAGCAAGGGUCGCAUUCUCAGCUGCUUAAGAACUAUCCUGAUGGAAUUUACGCGAGGAUGAUACAGUUGCAGAGAUUUACGCAUGGUCAGGUCAUUGGUAUGACGUCAGGGUCGAGUUCUAGGGUUAAGGAAGAUGAUGCUUAGUACUUUGGUCGUAUAGAAGAAAGAAGAAAGAACAGAGUAAAGACAACAAACACUAGGCUAUGUGCUGAAAGAAAACUCCACGUGCUCAUUUUUUUCUUUAUAAUAAGUAACUAGUUUAAGAUCCGCGCCUUGCGCGGAAUGAAUAUUAUAUAUAAAUUAUUUUUAAGUAUUAUAUAUUUUUUAUA